AGGAGGAGGAGGAGGACCGGGACGGUGUGAGGCACCGGGAGGACGGCUGGCAGUGGCCUGAGGACGGCUCGAGACCUGAGUGGGAGCCGGGCCCGGGGUCCGCCGCCGCCGCCACCAUGCAGGAGAUCAUCGCCAGCGUGGACCACAUCAAGUUCGACUUGGAGAUCGCGGUGGAGCAGCAGCUCGGCGCGCAGCCGCUGCCCUUCCCCGGCAUGGAUAAGUCGGGGGCCGCUGUCUGUGAGUUCUUCCUGAAAGCUGCCUGUGGCAAAGGGGGCAUGUGCCCAUUCCGCCACAUCAGUGGCGAGAAGACAGUUGUGUGCAAACACUGGCUGCGGGGGCUAUGCAAGAAAGGGGACCAGUGCGAGUUCUUGCACGAGUAUGACAUGACCAAGAUGCCUGAGUGCUAUUUCUACUCCAAGUUCGGAGAGUGCAGCAACAAGGAGUGCCCCUUCCUGCACAUUGACCCUGAAUCCAAGAUCAAGGACUGCCCUUGGUACGAUCGUGGCUUCUGUAAGCACGGUCCCCUGUGCAGGCACCGGCACACUCGGAGAGUCAUCUGUGUGAAUUACCUCGUGGGAUUCUGCCCUGAGGGGCCCUCGUGCAAAUUCAUGCACCCUCGAUUUGAACUGCCCAUGGGAACCACCGAGCAGCCCCCACUGCCACAGCAGACACAGCCUCCAUCUAAGCAAAGUAACAAUCCGCCAUUACAAAGGUCGUCCUCCUUGAUCCAGUUAACGAGUCAGAACUCUUCUCCCAAUCAGCAGAGAGCCCCGCAGGUCAUUGGGGUCAUGCAGAGUCAAAACAGCAGCGCAGGCAACCGGGGACCCCGGCCACUGGAGCAGGUCACUUGUUAUAAGUGUGGUGAAAAAGGACACUAUGCCAACAGAUGCACCAAAGGGCACUUGGCCUUUCUCAGUGGACAGUGACAGCAGCUGGAGCCAACUUGGAGCACCAUGAGGGGUCCUACUGUUGGGAGUGUGCACUUAACUGCUGAAUGCAAUGCUGACACACAGCUCUGACUAGAGCCAGCAUGCACACUGAUCUGGAAGCUCAGCCUGAGGGGACACUCCUGUUAGAUCCCCAUCAUUUUGCUGUAAUUGUUUUUGGAAAGGGACAUGUGCUUCAAAUUGGGUCCCUCAAGUUGGCAUCAUCUUUGCCCAGGCCUCAGUGCCUCAUUCAGGAACUUCUGUACACACCCCUUCUAUGGGAAGGAGAAGCUGGGAUGGGCUUGUACUCUGCAGUCAUAAGAGGAAGAUGGCCUGAGUAAAUGCCAGCUCCUGGCAAGUCCAAGGACUGGUAGAUCAUCUGGAGCAGUGGUAAGGUCAUGCCUACUUCCUCCAUGUCCUGCUGAAUCCUGAAGCUGUGCCUAUCCAAGUGAUUUGAACAAGGGAGCCCUUCCUGGCAAGCUCAGUGCUCGCUGCCUCCCCUGUCCAGGGCCCUUGGGGGACAGCAACUGAGGUUCUUCUGGACUGAUUUCCAUGGUACCCCUGCCUGACAGUACCUAAGGUUCAGUCAGAGCUGCAGACCACCCUUUUAAAUCACUGGCCCAGUCCACCUGUGCCUACCUCCUGCCAAGCAUCUGUGCUGUCACUCAAACACCUGUGGCAUGCAGACUGCCCAUCCUUGAGCCUAGAAAAUGUGAAACCAUCACCUGCACCCUGCUGGGCAAGUGGGCCUGUCCAAGUUCAGUUACAAGAACAUUUUUUAUGAACUUGAUUAAAAGCUUUGUUUUUUUAA